UGUCCUCCGACUGCAAGGCCGCCUCGAGGCUUGUCUCUAUCUUCUGCCACUCUCCUUCACUCGGCUUCGUCUCCACAUAGAGGGCACGCCUCUCCAGUGCGCGUGCCGUAUACCUCGGCGAUCAAACCUGCAACAUAUCAGCCACACCCGACCCUCUUUACCUGCGUCUUUAGCAACAUACACUCAAGAUGUCAACAUCUACGAAUAUCAAGGUCGUCUGUCGGUUCCGACCACCCAAUUCCAUCGAGCAGCGGGAGGGUGGAGAGAUCGUGGUAGCCUUCGACGAGAACCUGCAGACAGUUCAAAUACGCUCGGCGACAGUAGGCUCAGGACCGGAGAAGGAUGGCUUCACGUUCGAUAGGGUGUUUCCCCCGGGGACGAAACAGCAUGAGGUCUUCGACUAUGGAGUGAAAGACAUCGUCAAGGAUGUCCUGGACGGUUACAACGGCACGAUCUUCGCGUACGGUCAAACCGGUAGUGGAAAGACGUUCACCAUGAUGGGCGCCGACAUAGAUUCCCCCGACCUCAAAGGUCUUAUACCCCGUAUAACCGAGCAGAUCUUCCAGUCGAUCGUAGAAUCGGAUGCCCACCUGGAGUAUCUCGUGAAGGUUUCGUACAUGGAAAUAUACCUCGAGAGGAUCAGAGAUUUGCUUGCUCCCCAGAACGAUAACCUACAAGUCCACGAAGAGAAGUCCAAGGGCGUUUACGUCAAGAACCUCUCCGAUUACUAUGUCAGCAGCGCCCGGGAGGUGUACGAGAUCAUGCGGCAGGGAGGUGCUGCGCGUGUUGUCUCAUCCACGAACAUGAACGCGGAGAGUUCUCGUUCCCACUCAAUAUUCCUCAUCACGAUCAACCAACGGAAUACGGAGACGGGUGCCCAGAAGACUGGUAACUUGUAUCUUGUGGAUCUGGCUGGUUCCGAGAAAGUCGGUAAGACGGGAGCGUCUGGCCAGACUUUGGAGGAGGCGAAGAAGAUCAACAAGUCCUUGUCGGCACUGGGCAUGGUCAUUAACGCGCUCACGGACAGCAAGGCGAAGCAUGUCCCAUAUCGCGACUCGAAGCUCACUCGUAUCUUGCAAGAGUCGCUGGGUGGUAACUCGCGGACAACUUUGAUCAUCAACUGUUCUCCUUCGUCGUACAACGAAGCUGAGACCCUGUCCACAAUGCGUUUCGGUAUACGUGCGAAGUCGAUCAAGAACACCGCUCGUGUCAACGCCGAGCUCUCGCCCCUCGAGCUCAAGCACCUUUUGUCGAAGGCGAAUGCGUCGAACUCAUCGUACCAGAAGUAUAUCGCUGCUCUCGAGGCAGAGCUGGCUAUCUGGCGCUCUGGAGGUCAGGUCGACCAGGCCGACUGGGCAGCUCCCGGCAAGGCCGGUGCACCCGCUCCCGCCGCGCCCAAGAAGGCCCCUGCUUCCCCUACUCCUUCGUCGACUCGCAGUCAGACCCCUGUCAACCCCCUCCUCCAGGACCUCCGCGGGGACUUGGAAAGCCGGCCACAGACGCCCACUGUCGUCGGUCUGGAGAAGGACGAGCGCGAGGAGUUCCUCAAGCGCGAGAACGAGUUGAGCGAUCAGCUCGGGGAGAGGGAAUCCGCGCUCAAGGCAGCGGAGAAGCUCGUGUCGGAACUGAAGGAGGAGUUGACUUUCCUGAAGGAGCAGGAGUCCUCCCUCUCCACCGAGAACAAGACGAUGUCCAGCCAGCUCAACGAGCUGCGCUUGCAGGUGGAGCGGCUCAACUACGACAACAAGGAGAGCAUCAUCACCAUCGACAUCCUCAAGGAGCAGAACCAGGACGCGAAGGCGGAGCUCGAGGAGUUCAAGAAGACGAUCGCCGACCUGAAGGCCGCCCAGAAGGACGCGUCCGCGGAGGACAAGGAGAAGCGCAAGCAGGAGAAGAUGGCACUCAUGAUGGCGAAGUUCGAUGCCCAAGGGACCUUCUCCGAGAAGGACGACCAGCUGCGUCAAAUUCUCGCGAAGCUCGAGGCCGUCGAUUCGGACGCUGCCGUGUCCACGCUGUCACACGACGACAUUGUUUCGCUUCGCCGCCGCAUUGCAGACUCGCAGGCACUCAUCCGCGAGACGGUCGACCGUCUCAGGCAAGUGCAGGAGGAGAAUGAGAUGCAUCAGCGCCGCCGUGAUGAGCUCGAGUCUCGUAUUUCCGGCCUCGAGACCGAGUACGAGGAGUUGCUCGAGAAGACCAUCCACGAUGAGGAGGUCAGCAACGUCGACAUCGUGGAGUCCAUGUCCGAGCUCAAGAACAAACUUGAGGCUCAGUACGCGGCCAAGCGCGACGCCCAUUCCGGGGAGGUCGUAGACCUCAAGCAGCAGCUGGAGCUCAAGGGCAACGAGAUCCGCACUCUUAACGCCACGAUUGACAGCCUGAAGAGCGUCAAUGAGGAACUGAAGCGUGCGUUCGCGGUCACCUCGGCGGGCAUCGAGGGCGGCAAGAACCUUGCGGAGAGCGCGCAGGAUCUCGAGCGCACUCGGAAGGCUAUCAGCGUGCAGCUUGCCGAGUUCGACGGCGUCAAGAAGUCGCUCAUGCGCGAUCUCCAGAACCGGUGCGAGAAGGUUGUCGAGCUCGAGAUCCAGUUGGACGAGAUCAAGGAGCAAUACAACAACGUCAUCCGCAACAGCAACAGCAAGGCGCAACAGAAGAAGAUGGCCUUCCUCGAGCGCAACCUCGAGCAGCUCACCGUCGUGCAGAAGCAGCUCGUAGACCAGAACUCUGCCCUGAAGAAGGAGGCGGGGAUCGCGGAGCGCAAGCUCCUGGCCCGCAACGAGCGGAUACAGAACCUCGAGGCGCUUUUACAAGAGGCCGACCGCCGCCUGGUGCUGCAGAACCAGAAGUUCGAGGCGCAGCUGCAGGCGGUGAAGGAACGGCUCGACCAGGCGCGCGCGCAAAAGGCCGCUUCGUCCUCGCCAUUAAGCUUUGGCCGGAUUGCCAAGCCGCUCCGCGGCGGUGGAGGGAACGCCGCCGCCAUCACAAGCACCGGACCGUCUCCGACCGCGGGCAGCGCAAACCCUUUGGCGAGGCUGCAGAACGAGGACUCCGGAACCGCCAAACGGCAAUCUUGGUUCAACUUCAACUCACGAUAGGCUUUCACGCGUCAGAUGCUUUCAUGCUUAGCCGUACGGACCGUAGCGCACUGCUUGUACCAACCUACACGAUUAUUAUUCUCUCGGUAAUACACAACGGAACGGCCGAUCG